AGCACUUUACCAUAACCAAUCCACUUCAUCUGCUCUUCCUUUACAGAAUCACUCACCCAAAAAAAAUAAAAAAAUAAAAACUCAUCGGAAAAGCAAAGGUUAUCGGAGAAAAUGGCGAACAGUUUAAUUCUAUCGCUUAAGGUUGUGCUAAUAUCAAUCGGUGCAAUUUCCUUAGCGAUGGUAGCAAAAGCGUCGAUUCCAUUAUUUUUUCAUGAGCUCCCAACAAUUUGGAGUGCAGUUAUAGUUUGGCUUAAGCCUCCGUAUCUCUACUUCGUUAUCAAUGUCAUAAUCCUCAUCAUCGUCGUCACUUCUCGCUCGUCGAAUCAUAAGGAGUCCAGCUCCGGCGAUCAAUUCCAGCCGUUGAUUACUGCUAGAACACCUCCGCAGUCAGAUUUGACAGAGAUUACACUAUCGGAGCUUCAUUCAGUCCCAAGUGAAGUGAAGGUGUUUGAGGCCGCGUCUGUACCGGUAGACGAACCGCAGGUGUUUGAGGUUAAACCAGUGCUGGUGAACGGCUCUGUCGUUGUUGUGAAUCACGAAGAUGAAGAUGUGAUCGAUGAGCCUGAUGAAAACGAAGAGAUGGUGAUAUCAAAAUCGGUUGAGUCUCCGUUGCUGGAAAUUGAAACUAAAAAUGAACUACUACUACUGGCGAUGGAGAAACCUCUGGUUUCUUCCAGGUUCAGUAACCGAAAACCUGCUGUGAAAAUGAGUCCUGAAGGGGUGAAGUCACUGAGGGUAUCGAGGUCGGAAAAGCCGGAGACAUUAGAGAACACAUGGAAGAUGAUAACAGAGGGCGGUCAUGUGCCACGCACGAGGCAGAUGAAGAAAUCAGAAACCUUUCACAUCCACGGGCGUCACGUGACGGCCGUGACCGACGACGCUUCGGAGGAAAACGAGAAUUCCACCACCUUUCCGCCGCAGCAGCAGCACCACCACCAGAGGCACGUGCUUAAGUUGGAGACGUUCAAGGACCGGACAAACUACGACUCGCCGACGCAGUCGGCGGUGAAGAUCAGGAAGGAUCCGUCGCUGAGCUCCGAUGAGUUGAAUCGGAAAGUGGAGGCGUUUAUCAAAAAGUUCAAUGAAGAUAUGAGAUUACAGAGGCAACAGUCUAUGCAGCAGUACAUGGAAAUGAUUAACCGUGGAGUCUAAAUUAGUUAGUUUUACUAAUUUUACUUUUUAACUUUUUUUUCCUUAAAAAAAAAGAAAAGAUUUUUUCCUUUUAUAAGAAAAGGUUGAUAAAAAAAAAAGAGUAAAGGAAUUUGCAAUUUGUAUUUAGCUUCUAGGCUUUUGAGUGACUUGUUUUUUGUUUGAUUUUAUACUAAAUAGGAAGUAUAGGAAAGCUUUAUUGUAUGGGAAGUAUAGGAAAAGUUUAAAUACUAGUGAAUUGUUCUUUUAUUUGUUAUAGUUUAUUAAAUGAAAAAAAAGAAAAGAAUAUAGCAGUUACGGUUGUUGUG